AUGACCAUUUUCUUCGUCGGUGGCAGAAAUGGUGUUCGCUUGCUCAAUGGGUUGUGGUGCACCAGGGAUCAGUUCAACACGCAGUGGGUGCUCGAUAGGUCCUCUCCGCCUAUUAUUCUAGAUGCCGACAACUAUUUCCAUCUCAACAUCCGCUCCGAGAAAAAAAGUUCGCUUGUUUUCAGCAACUUCAGUCCAGUCUUAGACUCUUUUCUCCAUACUGUAUUUGUCGACGACAAAGACCUUGAAUACCCUAUCCAUCGACUGUUCCAAAAGAUGAAGGUACUUCGGUCCAGAUUGGACGAUGCACGCAAUAUCUCGGGUGUAGAGCGACUCCCAGAAGACCUAACAUCCAAGGCCGAGGUUUUCGGGUUCAAAGGGCCUUCAUGCGAAGCAGCUGCUCAGUACUUUGCUGAUCUUGUGGCACAUCUAGAACAAUUAUUGGAGGUCGUGGAAGUGGAGUGCAAGCAAACGGCUAAGCAAUUCGAGGAGUCGCUGUCUAAUAACCAAAUUUCAUUCGACCUUCUCGAGUAUUACUAUGAGGAAGGAGCGUGGUACGCUCACAACCUUGGUAUCGAAAAUAAUGAUGUGGAUAUCAAGAGGCGGAUUAACUUGGGGAUCUUAAAACGUGCCUGCUUCCGUGACGAGAAGGAAGAGCUGGCACUCGAGAUAGAAUCUUUCGAAUGGGAUGGUGUGCAUUUCCUGAAGCACACCAACACACUUGUUCAAAAGGCAUACCAGGGAACACGAGAAAUAUCAUCCCUGGUUCUUCAACGCAUGACGAAUGAAACGCUUGCUCAAGUGACUGAGCGUGGACGAUUCUACAUCUCAUAUAGCAGAGUUUGGCAUGCGGUGUAUUAUGACGAUACACGAACGUUGGACCCGUUAGUGUGCAGCGACAUGACCUUGAAACCACGUAUGAGACGGGUCAUGAUCGACCCAGUUGGAUUUCACCGAGCACAGUCAGGCUACAACCCAAAUAUAAGUGUGCCAAUUCCUGACAAUGUGGAGGAGUACAUCGCGCUCCUUCCAUUCUGGAUUGGUGGGUAUGACCUUGAAGCACGAGUAAGCAAAUUGUAUAUCUUGCUGGUCUUCGGAGUUCACUAUGAUAUGAAGGAGUGGCGAACAUUCCGUGUGUGGGAUUUGAAGCCCGUUGAAUCUGAUCAAGAGGGAUGGAGAAAAUUGAUUAUGGACAAAGAUACCAAAGAUAUUAUUAGAGCACUACUGGAUACUACUGGUCGUUCUUUAGGCCCUCCACAUCCAGUGCAGCUCAGCAAAGGAAAGAAUGUCCUUCUCAGUGGAUUACCAGGGACUGGCAGGAUGACAGCUGUUCAUGCUGUCUGCAAUCUUUUCAAGAGACCUCUGCUUACUAUUUCUGCUCGCGACUUUCCUGACAACAAGCUGGAUCUGGUACCACGCAAUCUGAUAGUACCGUACAUUGCUCGCCACGUGUCGCUGGCAGCUACUUGGAACGCGGUGAUCGUGGUGAAAGAUGCCGAUGAUUUCUUGAAGCCAAAGUUUCAACGUGAUAGGAAUUUUGUCAACGCGGCUCUCAGUCAAUUCGAGUCCUAUGAUUGCAUCGCUUUCUGGGUGUCAACUACUUGCGACAAAGACUUCCUGAAGUCAUUUACUGCUGUCGUUGAUUUCCCUGAGCUAGAUGCUGCAGCCCGUCGUCGGCUGUGGCUCAGCCACUUUGGCCACGAUGAGCCUGUUAGAAUUUUAUCGAACAAUAGCGAGCAUACGCUUGUCAGUUCCUCCUCCGGGGAUCAGAAGAAAGUGGACUACUUGGCGCACCUUCGCGAUAUCGAGAAGCUCUCGUGGUACCAGUUGGAUAUGUUAUUAGGGAGGAUGAUCGAGAAUAUUAUGGUCUCCGCGCGAGCAUUGGCCACUUCAAACCGGGAGCAUCUGUCCAGCCACCACGUCAAAGUGGUUUUGAAGGCGCAGCGAUUGGAUAACCUUCCUUUAUGGCGCAAGCUAACCCGGUUUUUGACGCUUCCGGAGAGGGUUCUACGCACCAGUGUGGUGAAUUAA